AUCCGAACAUUGCUACCAGAUGUCUACCAAGAACUGACAGUAUUCGUCGACCAUCUACCGUUAAAUGACAAAAGUGUAGCCUAUCCUUUUUCUGGCUUUGUUAUUAACGUUGGCAUCUCCACAAAUGGCCAUCGAGAUGGGUUCGAUAAACUCAUUUGCGCAGUGAUACCAUUCGGAGAUUGGGAGGGGGGAGAGCUCUGUUUGUAUGAAGCUGGAUAUGUA